AGAUAUAUUAUGGCAUUGUUGGUAGGAGAGCCUGUUCUAGCAUUGUAGAUGUCGUCGCUGUCAUGAAUACACGUGCAACAGUUGGUUGUAAGCAUAUUGUGCUUAUUGUUGUAAUUCAAACCAUUGCGUUUGGGGUUGCCGAACUGAGGGAUGGAACUCAUCAAGAUCAUGCUGAUUUAUACAAGGACCCAAACGCCAGCGAGAAUGCCCCUUCUUGUUUAAAAGGAGAUAAGAUCAUCGGGCCUUUGAAAUGCACUGAACCGCGAUGUCACCGGAAUCUUACACGACUUGAAGGAGGGGAGCUUGGAAGAAAACAAAAGAUCGAACUUGUGUGCGGUGAAGAACAUUAUUUGAAAACAGUCAAUAUGAAACCAUUGAUUUUUGAAAUUGAUAAUUUUCUUUCUGAUGAAGAAUGUGAGCACAUUAAAAACCUUGCUUUGAUGGAGGGAUUGGAGAGUAGUCAGACAAAACAACAAGGAAGGCGUAAGGUAGUGAUGAAAGAUUUUAAUCAUGAUGAACAACUGAGCCUGCAUGAGGUAAUUUAUUUUCAUUUAUUUUCAGAAAUUGAGAAUUUUCUAAGCAGUGCUGAGUGUGAAAAUAUCAUGAAGCUGGCAGAGGGGGAAGGUUUAGAUACAAGCAUUACCAAACAAGAUCAACAUGGAAAACUCAAACAUAGAGUUGUUUCUCUGAAGGAUUUUAAUCAAGAUAAUAUACUUAGUCUUACUGAG